GCCAUGGCUAGGCAUGCGACCACUAUCAAUUGCUUAAGGCUUUUAGGGUAUUGGUGUUGCUUUUUUGACGCUGCUGCUGACUGGCAAUACCGACACUCAUGAUCGUCAUGGAGAUACCCUAUUCACUAUGUGUGUCGGUAAUAAUCUUGCAGCAUACAUACAGUCAGUUCAUGCGUCUAGUCCAAAACGAUGGAACGCAAAAGAGAGUGGUAUGCGACGUAUCAUUAUCUUUUCUUUCCCAAGUCGGAGAUAUCCUUGAUUAUAUCUUAUCUACGCCGACAACUUGGAUUCGCUUGUAUUGGAAGAAUAAGGCUGAAGCAUGCUUCUCAAUAUUUAUUUAGGAGAUUGCACCUGCAAUGGCCCUUAUCGACCUAGAUGGAAUCAACAAGAAAUGGUUUAAAAGAGGUUAGAUUCUCUCCCCUGGGUUACUACAUUGGUAGGUUACC